AUGGACGAUGGCCCGUUGAAGCAGAAGCUUGCUUCGUGCUCCGAAAAGGAGAUGAAGCGAAGCGACUGGAGCAUUUCACACCGCGGUGGCGGCACGCUGCAGUUCCCCGAGCAUACACACGGGUCCCUCAUGGCAGGGACGAGAAUGGGGGCCGGUAUUCAAGAAUGCGAUGUCACAUUCACCAAGGACAAGAAGCUUGUGUGCCGCCACGCCCAGUGCGACCUCCACACCACCACCAACGUGGUCUCCAUCCCGGAACUCAAUGCCAAGUGCACGGUUCCCUUCAAGCCGGCGGCGAACGGCGCCGCUGCUACCGCUAAGUGCUGCACUUCGGAUUUCACCCUCGAGGAAAUUGAGACUCUGUGUGCCAAGAUGGACGCCUCCAACAGCGCUGCCACCACACCGGCCGAGUUCCUCGGCGGCACGCCUGGGUAUCGGACUGAUCUGUACGCCAAGACUUGCAGCCGUGUGCUCAGCUUCCGCGACUAUGUCGAGCUUGUUGACGGCCUGGGACUCAAGUUCACCGCUGAGCUCAAGACCCCUGAGGUUCCCAUGCCUUUCCCAGCCGGCAGCGACUACACCCAGGCCAAGUUCGCCCAGCAGCUGAUCGACGAGUUCAAGGCCGCCAACAUCAAGCCGGAGCGCGUGUGGCUGCAGUCCUUCCUGUACGACGACCUCCUCUACUGGAUCAAGGCGGAACCAAAGUGGGCCAAGCAGGCCGUCCUGCUCGACGAGAGCGCCGACGCGGCCAUGACCAUGCCCGAGGCGGUGGCCAACCUCAAGAAGUACGCCAAGGCGGGCGUUAAGAUUAUCGCGCCCCCGCUACCGUACCUCGUUGCGGUUGAGAAGGGCACCAUCGUUCCGAGCGAGUAUGCCCGCGAGGCCAAGAAGGUCGGCCUCAAGAUUAUUACCUGGAGCCUGGAGCGCAGCGGCUGGCUGGGUGAUGGUUCGGGAGGUGGAUACUACUACAGCAGCAUUGCAAACGUUACCAACAACGAGGGCGACGUGUACAACCUGCUGCACGUGCUGGCGCAGGAUGUGGGCGUGGUUGGCGUCUUCUCGGAUUGGAGCGCCACCGUCACUUAUUAUGCCAACUGCUUUGGCCUCUUUUGA